GGCUAUUGGAAGUCUCGAUGGGGAGGUUGACAGAACUGCAACUGAAUUUCUCCACUCCCACAGAAUUUCUCCUUCAGAACAUUCCAGCAAAUGUCUCCGUUAUCAUAUUUCAAGUACACAGUCAGUAUGUGAAUGUGACGCUCUCCUUCACCAAGAUCCCAGAGAGAAAUGACUCUGAGGUCAGCAGUGAUGCUGGAGUUCUGAGCGUUCUCAGUCCUGGGCAGAUUCGAUGUACGUGGUAUGUGGAGACGGCGUCCCCUAAUACUGUGCUAGCCUCGGCUCUCUCCAUCCCCUACACUGAGAGGGAUCCAAUUCCAGGAGCGUGUAACCAGGAGUUUGAUUUGGAAAUCGAUCCCAACAUCUAUCUGCAGUACAACUUGUAUGAAACUGUAAUAAAAUUUGCCCCAGCCAACUUGGGCUAUGCAAGGAAUGCCACCGCCAGUGGUUGUGAUAACCAGACAGGUCAGAACACCAGAUGGCGCCUGCAAUACGACGUGUACCAAUACUUCUUACCAGAGAACAACCUCAGUGAGGCCACCGUCAUAUCCCAUCUGCAGAGGAUGUCCACUGUAUCCCAAGUUUCCACUAAUGGCAAGAAGCUUACUACUCUAACAUCCAGCGACCGAUCCACCAUGUCCUUCUCCUCUAUUCCCGGGCAAGGAAUCAUAUACAAUGUGAUUGUACGAGAUCCCUUUCUGAACACAUCUGCAGCUUAUGUGCCAGUUCACACAUACGCCUGUAACUUCACUUCAGCCAUGGACAACUGCUACACGUUAGGCAAAGUUUCAUCGAAAAUAUUCUUCACCCUCUUUGCAAUCCUGGGCCUCUUUGUCUGUUUUCUCGGGCACCGUUUUCUCAAGGCAGGAUUCUUCUUUACCGGUUUUAUAAUUUUUGGGUUCCUCAUGUUUGUUCUGCUUACCAGAGUCACAACCCUUGGCUACGGUGAUCGCUUGACCUUCACCGCCCUCACUGGAAUUUUAGGGGGUGUGCUGCUGAUGGGGUUUUGGUGGAGAUUUGGCUGUGUCUACAUCUGCAUGCUCCUGGUGGGGCUGGUUUUAGGAUUUCUAGUUUCAUCCAUCGUCUUCUUCACUCCUAUAGGGGAUUUUAACACUUUCCGCAAUGACACCGUGUUCUGGCUAACCUUCACUUGUAUUGCCCUGCUGGCGCCAAUGUGUCUGCUCCCUUUCCCACGAAUACUAAAUAUUUUGUCCUGCAGCAUAGUUGGCUCCUACGGAGUCGUGCUAGCUGUAGACAGUUACCUGUACACAAGUCUCAGCUACAUUACCUUAAACAUCCUCAAGAGGGCACUGAACAGUGAUUUCAGCACAGUGUACACCAGCGUGCCUUUCCAGACUAAUGAUUUCAUCAUCAUCGCUGUGUGGGCAGGCCUUGCACUUAGCGGAGCAGUAACCCAGUUUUACAGAGAGCGAGAACGGCCGCCUUUCCCACCCACUCCCUAUGUGAUGUGGAAGAGGGACAGAGAGAGGCGAAUAACGAACAUUCUAGAUCCCAUCUACCAUACGCCUCCACUCAAGGAACGAUUAUUGGCCAACCUGGCAAGAUUCAGGGAUCUGUUCCGCAAGGAGCAGCCUCUGGGCGAACGGACACCUUUACUACUAUAGCCAGUAUGAGGUACCAGGCUGCCUGCAAGAGACUCACAGGAAGCAUGCUCACGGAAGGGAAAGCCACACAUCCUUUCUGGAGUGCAAGCUGGAUGGGUAGAAUCCAGUAGAGGAAACUUACAGCUCCCUCUGCUGCCCUUUUUUCCUGGCAUUCAUUUUGGGCAAAACAAUAAAGUUUACAGUAUUGGGCUUCAACAGCAGAAGACAUGACAGUGUUGCUAUGCUGUGCCUUUUUUUUCUUUUUUUUAUUAACAGCAACUUAGGAGCCCUAAACUUCUGUUGUACCCGCUAAUUACAUGGCACCCUGAACAACUCUGUAUGUGAUGGGUUCUCAUGAUUCUCUUUGUAGAGGAAAGCGUUUGUUGCCCUUGGCAAUGAGAAAUAUUUUCACUCUCGGAUACUGCUCUGGAAACAAGGAUUUCAUUAUGGGGGAGACAGGCUGUGAAGUAGUGUGCUAAACCUUUGAAAAAAUGUAAAUGGAACCUGUUGCAAAGCAGAAUACCUGUGUAAAAAGGCUGCAGUGGAAGCAGCUGUCUCCGGACUUACUACCCGGGGAAAUUAAGUGGAACCUUUUCAGGGUCACAGCUUGGAACAGGUAUGCAGUCUCUAGUAGCCAGAGAAUUGCUAUUUCCCUGGAAGCCCCUUUCACACAGGUGUUUUGGUUGGGGAUAGUGUUCUUUUCAUUGGGGUUUGGCCCACUCUGUGACAUUCUAGGCCCAGGGCACUCCGGUAGCUUGGGUGUGGAAUCUGAGAACAAAGAUGGCGACCAGUAGCCAUUUUAACUGGUGUGUUUAGGUAUCUCUGGCUAAUCAUCAUUGGUUGACAAACUGUAAUUUGAACCUACCAUCUUGCAACAUGCUGGGGCUUGUAAUUACUGGACUACUGGAGGACUACAGUUGCCUGACCACCUUGCCCAGCACCCUUGAACAGUAACUAAAAUUUGUCGCCAUUCAUGUUGUUUCAAGGACUUCUGCUAUGUGAUUAGUACUUUGAUAUGUCUCCCUACUGUCUUUUUACCACUAUAAUGAUGUUUGGGUCUGUUGUGUGUGACAGAAUCUGAGAAAACCACCGUUGUGUUAAUUAUGCUGUUAUAACCACUUCAUUCUGUUUUUUCAUAUAUGGUAUUUUUUGUAUAAAGGAGAAACAUGCACUGGAAAUUCAAUUAUUUACUAAAUUACCUUUUUUCCAAAAGUAAAAUGUAUGUUUGCAGAAAAA